CUGUGUACGGUGUGUGUGUGUGUGAGUGUGUGACGGAAGCGAUGAUUGGUCAUGUAUUGUGCGAACAUAGUCGGUAAUUGUUCCACAUUGACAAGCGAGAUGACAAUUCUUUAAUCUCAACUUCAUGCAUUUCUUUAUUGUCUGUUUCUGGCGAAGAAAACAAGUAUUCGUGUGUUCAUUACAAAGCUGGGUUCCUCAGGGGCUGUAGGUCAACAUGGCGUGUUGCCUAAGUGAGGAGGCGAAAGAGCAGAAAAGAAUCAAUCAAGAGAUCGAAAGGCAACUGCGAAAAGACAAACGUGAUGCUCGAAGGGAAUUAAAAUUGCUGUUAUUAGGUACAGGAGAAUCUGGCAAAAGUACAUUUAUCAAACAAAUGCGAAUUAUUCAUGGAUCAGGUUAUUCUGAUGAAGAUAAAAAAGGCUUUAUAAAAUUGGUAUAUCAGAAUGUUUUUAUGGCAAUGCAAAGUAUGAUCAAAGCAAUGGAUAUGCUUAAGAUACCUUACAAGGAUUUACGCAAUGUGGACCAUGCCGAACUUGUUCGAUUAGUUGACUAUGAGACAGUUACAACUUUUGAACAACCAUAUGUAAUAGCUAUCAAAUCACUUUGGGCCGAUUCAGGUAUCCAAGAAUGUUAUGAUCGUAGAAGGGAGUAUCAAUUAACAGAUUCAGCUAAGUAUUACCUGACUGAUAUCGAUCGACUGUCUGCAUCUGAUUAUUUACCUACACAACAAGAUAUUCUUAGAGUGAGAGUACCAACAACAGGGAUUAUUGAGUAUCCCUUUGACCUUGACUCAAUAAUAUUUAGGAUGGUAGAUGUCGGUGGGCAAAGGUCUGAACGAAGGAAGUGGAUUCAUUGUUUUGAAAAUGUGACAUCCAUAAUAUUUCUAGUUGCUUUAAGUGAAUAUGACCAAAUUCUGUUCGAAUCUGAUAAUGAGAAUCGAAUGGAAGAGAGUAAAGCACUAUUUAAAACAAUUAUCACAUAUCCCUGGUUCCAGAAUUCUUCAGUAAUAUUGUUUCUGAAUAAAAAAGAUUUAUUGGAAGAAAAGAUUAUGUACUCCCAUUUAGUUGACUAUUUUCCGGAAUAUGAUGGACCAAAGAAAGAUGCUAUUCAUGCCAGAGAAUUUAUUCUAAAAAUGUUUGUUGAUUUAAAUCCCGAUAGCGAGAAAAUAAUUUAUUCACAUUUCACUUGUGCUACAGAUACAGAAAACAUUAGGUUUGUCUUUGCUGCAGUGAAAGACACCAUAUUACAGCUUAAUUUAAAGGAGUACAAUCUGGUGUAAACCUUUUAAGUUUUCAUCAGUGGCUUACAGAUGUUUUUGCUGUUACCCUCUGUCUUUCUGGAGGAUUCAGUGCUCCAAUUCAGAAGGAUAGACAACUGAGAGAGAAAGAUGUUUAGAACAUACAGAGGCUUGUUUAUUCUCCUCAGCGAUCUUUUUUAAAACCACUCACUUAUGUGUCAUUGUGCAGUAUAUUGCACAUGCACUUGUAUACCUUCAGUUCACACUGCACAGUAUUUUCUAUAUUUGAGUGAAUGAGGAAAAAAUGAUUGUAAUCAUGGUGGCUAUGGAAAAACACACAUCAUGUCAUUGUUAGCAUUAACUUUUUUAUCAGUCAUUGAAUGUAAAUUUUUUCACAUCUAUGUGCUUUACAUCCAGACAUAACAAGAAAAAAUAUUUGGCAUAGUAAAAAUGUGCCAAAUCAAAGUUUGGUUUAAAAAAAAAAAAAAAAUUGAUGCACAAGCAGGUGCUGUAUGUAUGCAUUUGUGUGCAUUAUAAGCAUGCAUACACAUAUAUAAACACAUGCACAGUUGUAUAUUCAGACAUGUAUAUGUAUGAUGGAAUUUGUACACCAAAGAUAUGGUAUAAUGCUUUUCAAAGCAUUUCCCAUAACUCAUUGGUGGGGUUUUUCAAGUUGUUGCAUGGCACGUAUUUUUCUUUAUAUUGUGUGUGUUAAAGCACUUUGAAUAUGAUGACAGCUCUGGAUAUUGGGUAAAAUAGUGGAAAUAUUACUUUUUUUCUGAAUGCUGCUUGUGAGCUUUUUAUUAAUUAAUGAAUGUUUAGCCACUGACAAGUCACAGGCCCAAUACUUUUUGACUAGUCACUGUUUGUAAAUAUAUUCUUAUGUAGUAUUGCCUGAUGAGCUUGUUUUUGCGAUCUAUGAUGGUAUUAUUUUUUAUUUGUGCCAACUGAAUGAAGAAUCAUUUUUAAUAAAGCUUCAUUAAUAGCGUGUCAUGUAACUUGUUAUAGCUAAAACUCCAUCUGAAAUUGUGUUGUUCAUAUGUAUAGUUUGUUUUACUUUUGUUUAUAUGCUUAUUGUAUAUUUUAUUGUAUGUGUUCUGUUGUCCCUCCUUUUUUUACUUUGAUGUUGAUAUAUGUUUACGAGAGAUCAAAUUUCAUGCCAUAUAAAUAAUGCAUAACUACAGCUCCAAAAACAACAGCUUUGCAGUUUGGUACUUAAAAUCUUUUUCUGUGUAUUUUGAAGGUGCUUCACUAUUCCUCAGGGCUUGUUAUUAAUUUAAUAAUAGCCUCUUUUCUGACGCACUAGCUGUUGGCACUUAAGUUUUCUUUUUAUUAUAAAAAGUAGAUGAAUGUGGUAACUCUGUUUGCAUAUAAAAAGACUUUCUUGAGCUAAAUACAAUGUGUACUUUUCGAUCUUUCGAAUUCAACGUAAUGUGCUAGAAAUGAUCGACGAGCAGCUCAUUGGUAUCAGAUAAAUUUGUAAUUCUUACUCUUUUUCCGAAAUCAAGAGCAUCAAUUGAAAAUGAAAAAGAGAAUAGAACAAUGUGAUUUUGCGUGAAAGAUAUCCUGUUUUUACCAGAAGAUGGAGUUGUGGUGAAUUUGCAUGAAGCCAAAGACAUACCAUUGCACAUGCCAGUAUUCAAUUUCAUAUCACCGACAGAAGUGAUGUGUGAACAAGUGCUACAUGCUGUGCUAAACUACUGCCCAUAAUUUUUUUACUAUUGUUCUGGGUGCUAAGCACUUAGCAGCAGAUUAAAAUGUGUGUUGAAGGUGACAAAAACUAAACUGUAAUCUACUCGACCAAUAUUUGGAGACAUGCAUGAAUUGUCUCAAAUUAUGUUUAAUAGCACUUUAUGCACAAAGUUUUUUUAAUAAAAAUUAUUUAAGUUGUCCUUUCCGAAUUAUGAUAUUAAGAAUUUAAAAUUUUGUUAUAUUUAUGCUUCAGUACACUGUUGAUUUAUUUAAAGUAUGAAUUUUUUUUUUGCUGGACUAGUGCUGAAGUUUUGAUCCCUUUUUUAACUAAAUGUAAGAAUAUUUAAAUAUUUCUAUAUAAGCUUUUACGUGACUGUAAAGCAACUGUUUGCAUAACGCUUCUUUUGUUACAUUUACUUUAAAGGAAAACAAAUAGUUUCAAAACAGUUUGUAAGUCAUCAAUAUCUUAGUCUGUUUUACAAGGAAAGUAAAUUGUACUUGAUUAUUGUUCUGUCUAAUUCCUUGUUGCAAUUAUUAAUUUCCAUAAACCAGUCUUUUUUAUACAGAGGAUGUUUCAUAAUAAAAAAGCCUACUAAUCUGAGUGUUUAUUAAAAAAAAAUUUGUAUAUAUUUUUUUUUCAUUUGAAAGCAGGUGUACAUUAAAUUAUGGGAUAUUCUUUCCUGGGUGUUAUAUUUUAGAUAUUUCUUGCACAGAGAAAAAAUUAAAAACUUAAAGCAUUAAUUUCUCAGUAUAGUAUAUUUUGGAAAAUAUAUUAGUUUUUCAUUAGAAAUUUGAUAUUCUCGUCAAGUUUAUCUCUCCUUCCCCCAGGUAGAUUAUUAAUGUUUUGAUGUGAUUGUAUUUGUUAUUUCUAAAACACUGCCAGAAAAAAAGAAGUCUUAUGAAAUAUUAUACUUCUGAUGUAAAUAAUUCUACCUAGAAAACCUACAGCAGUGAUAAUUAUCUUGUCCAUAUAAUUCUAAAUAAAAUUUUAGAAAUAUUUACUUGGCUAGCAAAAAGUGCUUAUUUAUAUGUAGGUAAAUUUGUGGACUGAAAGAGGAAAGACAUUUCAUUUUACAUAGAUAAUCAUUUACCAUUUGGCAAACAAAAUGCCAUCUAGGUAGCAAGUUCUGUUUAGUUUCCAUGUGUGCUUUUAUUUGAACAGGCAUUUUAUAGGCGACUUUCAUAUAAACAUGUAACAUUUGAAAUUCUAUAGUGUUUUCUUAAUUAAAAGUAAAUGGCAAUUGUGAAUAUUUAAUGUAAAAAUUUUCUUUUAUCUCUUGUUGGUUUAAAAGGAACUGGAUUUUUUAAAAAAUAAUUCCUUAAAUGUAUAAAUGCAAAACUGUUUCUAUAGUAUUAUAUGCUUUCUUUGUAAAAAGUAUAUUAAUCUAGAUAUGUUAUCUGCUUGGGGGAUAUUUUUAUGUAAGAAAACUUUCUACGUGCUAUAUAACAACUUCUAUAAAUUGCAGAAGUUUUAAUAAUUAACCAGUGCUGUGAUUAGUUAAAUAACUGUCACACAUAAACCAUUCUCCUAACUCAUACUGGCUCACGUAGCUUUGACAGUAGUGAUUCUUAUUGAUUAACAAACUGUUGAGAUUGGAUUGGAUUUCUAGGCAAAGAAUGCCAAAGCUUGUAUUGUCUUUAAUGAACUGGGUUGCUUAAAAUCUGUUGAUCAUGCUGUUGGUCAAAAUUUUUUUUGAAACUUAGGCAGAUAACUUUUGUAUGUUUAUUCUUGGUCAAAUAGUCCAUUUCUUUGAACAGGAGUUUUUAGUAUAUUAAAGUAAUUAUAAAUAUUUGAUUCUAUAAUAGACAGUGAAAAAACACAAUCGAUCAAGGUGUUCAUAAAGUUGACGAGUUGUCAAUCUUUUUCUAUUGCUGCAUUUUCAUUUAUCUGUAAAGGAAUAUUAUUAACUAAUUAAUUAUCAUAAAUUAAUAAUAAAUAGAACAGUGACAGCAAAACGUUUUGCCUGGUAGAAACAUCUGUAUUAUUUGUUUUGUUAUUUAUUUUUAAUUUUAUAAUUUUUGAUGAAAUUAGUUUGAUAGGUCAGUUUAUAAAAGAUGAUUUUGUUCCGCACAAAUUUAUUUAUGCUAAAUAAAUGCUCAAUUUAAUGUUAAAAAAAGCGUAAAUUUUCAGGAUUGUUAUUUAAAUGAAUUGCUUAUUUUUUAAAAUUAAAAUUUCAAUUGGAUUUAUCUAUUAAAUGAGAAAAAUUAUAUACAUUUAAUGGAAUUAUGUACUAAUAUAGAGAGUAAAUUGUUAUAAAAGCAAUUUUAUACCAGUUUUGCCUGUGAUUGAAUAUCUUAAAAAAUAAAAAUUUUGCAGUUUCAAA